AUGCUACCUGGGGAUCAGUCCGUGCUGAGCCAGAAGUGCUGCGGUUCGGGUAAAAGCUCGUACAGCUCUGUGAGCUCUGGCAGCAGCUGCGGCUCGUACGGCGGGCAGGGCUGCGGAAAUGUGGGCGCGGCCGGCACCAUCGACGCGUGCGGCACCACCUGCGUCACCGGCGCCGUGCCCGUGCUCGGCUCCGUCUGCUUCGGCGGCUGCGCGCCCGCUUGCGGCUCCGUCUCUAUUUGCGGACAGUGCGGAUGCGGAUGCAACUAAAUAUUUCUACCAUGAUGAACCACACUACACUUCAAUA